AUGUCAAAUAACAAUUAUACUCCUACUACUACUGCUUAUAAUAAUAAUAAAUCAAAAGAUAUGAAUAUUACUAAUAUGAUCCAUAUAUCUGGUAAUGCUAAUAAUACCAAUACCAAUCCUAAAAUUAUUGAUAACUCCAAUAAUAAAAAGGAUAACGAAAACAUUUCUACCAAAACAAUUAAAACUUCUAAACAAUUUUUGAUUGUACCAGAUACUACGGAAAAAAGUAAAUCUUUACAACAACUAGGCCUAGAAUGUAUAUCUCCAGGUUUACCAACUACUAAAAUAAAUGAUGAAAUGUUUAAUAGACUAAAAUAUAUUGCCAAAGAACAAAGGGAAACUAUAGCUAAACAAACUGGUAUUCAACAAUCAAAUAACUUAGGUGAUGUCGAUGUCACUAGUACUGGUGGCAAUACCAGAAAUACCGCACCUGAUACAAACUCACCCACCAAUAAUAAAUCCAACGUUAAUAGUGAUAGUAACAAUGAUAGUGCUUCCAGUACUACAAGCAAUACCCCAUUUCCAACUCUAUCUUCUAACAACAAUAGAAGUUCAUUAAAAAGAUCAAGGAUCCCUCCGCCUAUAAACAUAAAAGGGAUAGAUAAUGAAACUUUAACAACGACUAAUGAUAGCACUAUGCUUAAUCCCAAAAGUGCACCACCAGCUUAUGCUGCACAAUAUUCCAACACUUAUAUUACUAAAACGGCCAAUACUAAAAAUCACACGUACUAUAAGAAUAUUGCUGCUCAAUCACAGCCACAAGGACCUAUAGUAAAAUACUUGGGUCAAUUUAAAAGGCAGAAGUUGGAUGAUACAGUUGCUAAUAAUACUAAUGUUUUUAUUGAAGGUAAACAAUUUAGUAUUACUGCCACCGAUAAGAACAACAACCUAUUACAAAACCCUUCUUUAAAUACCACCUAUUCAGCAGCAUCAACAACAUUUCCUUAUCCAUACCACAACCAACAAUAUCAUUCUCAGCUUCAUCCAUUGACGGCAAAUAAUACUUCAAACAAUUUUAAUAAUAAUAAUAAUAUCCAACAACCCAUUAUUCCUGUGCCUACUCCAUAUCUUUAUUAUCCACCGUACUAUCCACUUUAUAAUGCAAUCCCACCUCCUUUAUUAACAGCAUUACCGCCUCAACAAACAACGGCAACGCCAUUUAUCCAAUUACAACCACUGCCACAUAAUACUUUAAGUACAUUUCAACAAUAUCAAAAGUCCAUACCACAAGCCCCGGCAGCUACACCAUCUUAUUAUUCUUUGGCAGAUACAGCCAAUAAUGGUGCUGUCGAUAAAAACACUUAUUCGGACAGCGGUAAUAACGCCGUUAAAAAUCCUAAUAGUAGUGCUACGACCUCAACACCAAUUAAUGCCACCUCACAACAAUCGUGUGCUAAUAUAAAUGGUAAAACUUAUAAUGUUAAUAAAGUUCACGCAGAUGAAGGAAACAAAAUAUUAAAUAAUUCUCAUACCUCCAACAAAAAAGAAAAAGAGAAGGAAAUGAAUGAUGAUGAUGAUGAAGUAAAAGAAGAAAAGAAUGUUGGUAUCAAUAACACUGCCAAAACAGUUAGUACAACACCUAUAUAUGGUGAAAUCAAAAUUUUUGACGAUGUAUUUUCAUUUCAGUUUGAAAAAUCGGAUAUGACAUCAAAUUCAUACGCACACGUUAUCAUAACUGAUAAUGAUAAUCCUUCUAAGGUUAAAAAUGAAAGAAAUCUUUAUAAUUUAUUGGAUAAGAAAAAAUUUUUAAAGAUUUGUGAUAAAAUCUGGGAUGAAGUUAUUACUUUGGACAAUAAAAGGGACAGAAAACUAUUAGACAAUUGUGACACUGUGAAUUAUAAUGCUAGUAAUAUUGACGACGUUGAUGUUGCCGUUAAAAAAAAACACAUUGGAACAACAGUUAUGCCAGCUGAACAAAAUACUAUUGCAUGUAGCGAUGGAAGUAAUCUCAGCAAAAUCGCUAGAAGUGAUAAUGAUAAUAAUUUUGCUAAGAGUACACAGCAUUCAGAAACUAAUAAAGAUAAUGAUAUUAAGCAAGAAGAACACGAAGUUGGCCCUGAUGAUAAUGUUGGUAAAAAUAGAAAGCAGUGUGAUAAAAAUGAUAUUGUUGACAACAAUGAAAAUAAUGUUAAUGAUGCUCCUAUUGUAAACGAAAAGCCCGAGAAUGACAAAAAUAUAGGCAUUUUUAACGACAAACGAAGUAAUGAAGGGGAAAAAUCCUUAUUGGAAAAUAAUUAG